AUGCCCAUUAAGGGUGAUGAUGCUCACAGCAUCAUUGACCCUGCAAGCACUGACACUACUGGAUCAACACAGUUGAAAGUCUCCCAAACGCGGAAGAGCAAGCUGCAGAUACCUGGAGGCAUCUCAAAAGCUUCAGAGAGAGGCAACAGACUCCAACACUCGCAGCCAGAUUCACAACUUCAAGGGGCAUCCAGGCUCAAGGAUGUGUCAACCAGCGCUAGAAUGGUCAUGAUCAUUUUCAAGGCUCAUGAGCAAGGGAAGUGGGUCAACACUUAUAAGAUGACCAUUAACCCAUCUGAGCUCUCCGACCUGUCCAUGGCGACCUUCUAUGACAAGGACCUGAAACUGAUCGCUUCUGCACAGUGCUUUGACACGGCCAUUGAAGAUGGAACCAACACUGUCUUCAUGGUGUUUGGCAGGGAGCUGAAUGUCGAUGAAGAGAUGGUGGCAUCUGUGUCACAGAAUACCAACAGCGAAUGA